GAAACGAGGAAAAGAGAACUCGCGGGACAUUGAUAACAUUCAAAAUACUGCCUAUGAAGGUGACACACCUCGAAACAUGGAAUUACAGAAAAUACCUGAUCCUGAAUGUGUUUACGAAGAACCAGCAGAAUAUGCACAACUUGCCAGUUCUCAGAGGGUUCCCGUUGAUGCAAGUUAUCAAAGUUUAUUAAAUGUGCAGAAUUAUGAGCAACCGGACACAGAUUACAAUGAAAAGUUUCAGCAGUAUGCGUCAAUGAACAUGGACAGCAAUCCAAGAAACGAGGUUCCAGGCGAAUCUGACUACGAAAAAAUCGAUUAG